AUGGCUACCAAGAGGAUUAACAAGGAGUUGAAAGACCUGCAGAAGGACCCCCCUGCUUCAUGCAGUGCUGGUCCUGUUGCUGAUGAUAUGUUCCAUUGGCAAGCAACAAUUAUGGGCCCAGCUGACAGCCCAUUUGCUGGUGGUGUAUUCCUUGUGUCCAUUCACUUUCCACCAGAUUACCCAUUCAAGCCACCCAAGGUCUCCUUCCGCACAAAGGUUUUCCACCCUAACAUCAACAGCAAUGGAAGCAUUUGUCUUGAUAUUCUCAAAGAACAGUGGAGCCCUGCUCUUACAAUAUCCAAGGUUCUUCUGUCAAUCUGUUCACUGCUGACUGAUCCAAACCCUGAUGAUCCCCUGGUGCCUGAAAUUGCUCACAUGUACAAGACAGACAGAGCCAAGUAUGAAACCACUGCUCGGUCCUGGACCCAGAAAUAUGCAAUGGAGCAGGAAGCUGGCACUCCUUUGGAGUGGAUCUGUUUAUGGUUGGGUCUUGGAGCCGAGAUUUUGAACUUGUCAAAUUCUCAAUUGGCCGGCCCUAAAUUCCUUGGGGGAAAACGGCCGAGGCAUGGCCUCUCAACUGUUACUCUUUCUGAAUCCUCGAUCCUUGUCCAAUCAUUUGAUGCAUCUAUCUCUGCCAAAACCAUGGGUUGGGUAGAUCAAGGUUGUGAGCUUCCUGCUGUUAUGGAUCUAUUUAUUAGGAAUCAACUAAUGGAAGUUUAUGGAAUGGCAGUGUAG